AUGGCUGCUCAUGUCCGAAACAACACCAACACCGAUGAUUGGUUCCCCCUUUUCCGCGGAAGAAAGACCGCUUGCAAAUCCAAGGCCCCCAAAGGCAUUGUCAUCAAGAAAACAAUUAGCGUUUGGCCUGAAACCAUGUGCUCCCACAAUGGGAAGAAGCGGAGGCUGCAAUGUUCUAGUUCAGAGGAAGAAUUCAGCAACAAAAAGAGACGGCUUCCUGAUUAUCCAAUUGUCGAUGGCUACCAUUGUUUGGGGAAGAUCAGUUCGGGCUCCUAUGGUGUUGUCUACAAAGUUCAACACAAGCAUACUGGCGACAUAUGGGCUAUGAAGAAGCAGUUUAGUUGUAGUGGUCCGUCUGAGAUCGACAUCCUUCAAUCUCUCGGCGGCAAACAUCCCUCCAUCGUGGGAUUCAAGGAAGUGGCAGAGGAUGCUUCUGGGGGCCUUUACUUGGUGAUGGAGCAUAUGGACUUUGAUUUGAGAGGAUACAUGGCGGAAGAGGUCAUCCCAACUCCUCAAGUCAAGAUGUUGAUGAAGCAGUUGAUCCAAGGCGUCUACUUUCUCCACCAACACCGGGUUGUGCAUAGGGAUCUCAAGCCCUCCAACAUCCUUGUCAACAGAGGGGGUGAGUUGAAGAUAUGUGACUUCGGGUUGUCGAUGAGGAUUGGGGAGGAAUGGGGGCCCACUGUGGGGACAUUGUGGUACAUGGCGCCGGAGCUGCUUCUUGGAGAGAAGAGCUAUUCGUGUGCGGUGGAUAUGUGGGCGGUGGGAUGUGUAAUGGCGGAGUUGUUGUUGAGGAAAGUGCUCUUUAGAGGGAAAUCCAAGGAAGAUCAGCUGCACGAGAUAUAUUGCAUUCUUGGUCAUCCAGAUAACAAGAAUGAUGAUGCUACAAUUUCAUCUGCAAAGAACAUGCUCUCUGAAGCUGGAUUUGAUCUCCUAAAGGGGCUGCUGACUUGUGAUCCAACUAAGAGAAUCACAUCACAAUCUGCUUUGAAUCAUGCUUGGUUGGCUGAUGGACUGAGUCCUACUCAAUACAUGGACAAACUAUCUCUCUUAGUUGGGGUUGGGGAGUACUAUAUAAAUAGUGGUGCUAGUGUAGUUGCUUAG